UUGAGGAGUCUGACAGGGAAACUGCAGCCCGCCAUUGUGUAGAAAGCAGGCUGUGUAGAAAGGCUCAAAUUCUGCGGUAGCUAGACUAAUUCUACACCCUGCCGCGUUUAUUUAGGAGUAAAUACAGUUACACAGGCUCCGGGGGGGAAAGACAUGUCAGCCAGCAGCCUUCUUGAACAGAGACCGAAAGGCCAAGCUAAUAAAGUGCAAAACGGAGCUGUGACCCAAAAGGAUACUUUGAAUGACGAUGAGUUUGAGCCUUACCUGAAUAAUCCGGCCAGACAGAGCAAUGCCUAUACGGCCAUGUCGGACUCGUACAUGCCCAGCUACUACAGCCCCUCCAUAGGAUUUUCCUACUCCCUCAAUGAGGCAGCAUGGUCCACAGGUGGGGACCCUCCGAUGCCUUACCUGGCCUCCUAUGGACAGCUAAGCAAUGGGGAACCCCACUACCUCCCGGACGCUAUGUUUGGCCAGCCAGGCCCCCUGGGGAGCAACCCAUUCCUCGGCCAGCACGGCUUCAACUUUUUCCCCAGCGGCAUCGACUUCUCAGCAUGGGGCAACAGCAGUUCUCAGGGACAGUCGGGGACGCCGCAGAGCUCAGGCUACAGCAGCAGCUACGCCUAUGCUCCCAGCUCGCUUGGGGGUGCCAUGAUCGAUGGACAGUCCCCAUUUGCACCUGCUGCCAAUGAGCCUCUAAACAAGGCGCCUGGUAUGAACAGCCUCGACCAGGGCAUGGCUGGGCUUAAGAUCAGUGGUGCUGCCCCUGGCGGGAGUGGGGACAUGGCCCCUAAGGUGGUUGGCUCUGGCUUACCUGGUGGGGGUCCCCUUGGCCCUGUGUCAUCUGUAGGACCUCCGAGCAUGCCGCCUGUCUCAAUUGCCCCAGCCAAGCCCGCAUCCUGGGCAGAUAUUGCCAGCAAGCCAGCCAAGCCUCAGCCCAAGCUUAAAACCAAGGGUGGCAUGGCUGGCGCCAAUUUGCCUCCUCCACCCAUUAAACACAACAUGGACAUUGGCACCUGGGACAACAAGGGCACGAUGCCUAAAGCUGCCACUCCUCAGCAGGUGCCCCCCAUUCCCAGCAACGGGCAGCCGCCCAACCAGGCUUCCCCGCAACCCGGAGCUACUGCUGCAGGGAACCCACAAAUGCCCCUGAGCAACGGACAGCUGGUUCCUCCCGUCUCCCAGAUGGGGCAGCAUCAGCUUCCUCCCAGCGGGCAGCCAGGUAUCGCUCCGAUGCCCCAGCCUCCUCUCUCCCAGGGCCCUCCUCCACCAAGCCAACAGCAACCUUCUCAGCCGACUCGCUGGGUUCCUCCACGGAACCGGGCCAAUGGAUUUGGGGACGCUAGCGGGGGCGGCGCGGGCCAGUCGCCCCCCUCCUCCUCCGGUGUGGGCGUGGUUCCGGGGGUCCCGUCUGAGCCUCACCCGGUUUUAGAGAAGUUGCGCAUGGUCAACAACUACAACCCCAAGGACUUUGACUGGAACCCCAAGCAGGGCCGGGUGUUUAUCAUCAAGAGCUACUCUGAGGAUGACAUCCAUCGCUCCAUCAAGUACAACAUCUGGUGCAGCACGGAGCAUGGAAACAAGAGGCUGGACGCGGCCUACCGCUCGCUGGCCGGCAAGGGGCCGCUGUUCCUCCUGUUCAGCGUCAACGGGAGCGGUCACUUCUGUGGCGUGGCGGAGAUGCGGUCGCCCGUGGACUACAACACGUCUGCUGGCGUGUGGUCACAGGACAAGUGGAAGGGUCGUUUCGAUGUGCGCUGGAUCUUUGUUAAGGACGUUCCCAACAGUCAGCUGAGGCACAUCCGGCUGGAGAACAACGAAAAUAAGCCAGUGACCAACUCUCGGGACACACAGGAGGUGCCGCUGGACAAGGCCAGGCAGGUGCUAAAGAUCAUCGCGGGAUAUAAACACACCACUUCCAUCUUCGAUGACUUUUCUCACUACGAGAAGCGUCAGGAGGAAGAGGAGUGUGUGAAAAAGGUGGAGGUCCAAGGCAGCGAGCCAUAUCCCAGCAACCCAAGCAACAGGAGUCAUUACAGGCUUCAGGAGCGCCAAGGACGAGUCAAGUAACAGUCGGUGCUCUGGUCAAAAGACUGCAAAGGCCCCCACCUUCCCCUCAAGCCCCGACCACCCCAUUACGUCAUUACAUCCAGAUCUCUAAGAAAUUCUAAUAGGGGUGAAGAAUUAACAAAGGACAAAAAAACUAAAUGAAGACUUUGAUUUCUUUUGACUUUAAAGACUUACUUCGAACUUGUAGUGAAAAGAAAAAGGAAACGAUUAUUCAUAGGACUACAGCUAAAUGCAUAGCAUCCUUAGAUGAAAUCUUCUUUGCCCCACCCCAUUCCACUACAUAUGCUUUUUUUCCCCCCCCUUGUAUGCUGCUUUCUUCCUCUUUUUUUUUUUUCUUUUUUAAAUGAAAGGAUCAUUUUCUGUUUGUUUUUUUGUUUUUUUUUUGUUUUUUUGGUCCAAAAAGCAAGUCUGUAAUUCUCACACACAAACACACAAAUCCAAUAGAAAUUUGUAGUGUUGGCUAAUGUUAGCGUCCCAAAGUGACGAGUGGGAAGUCUGUCUCAUUUUCUUGUCCCCCCUCCCCCCCUCCACUCACUCGACCCCACCAGUCUUCAGAGGAGGCUCAAACCUUCGACCAAAAAAAAAACCCAGUGGAGUUCUUUUUUUUUUUUUUUUUCUUUCUUUCUAUUCUCGUCCUUGGUGGAUUCUCAUCAUCAGCGGGUGCCAACGACACUCACUCCAGAUUCUCAUGUUUUGCUGGGGAGGACUGCAGAUGUUUAGAAAGACCCUCUUAUCGUUUGUUUUCCCAUCGGUUCGGAUGGAGUGUUUAGGAGAGGUAAGGUCAAGAGGAGCGGUCGGGGAAUGGGGUGUUUGGAAGCAGAAGACAAGUUAAGUUGAUGAGCUCUGCUCACUGUAUAAUUUCAUGAUCUGGUUAAAAAAAAGAAGAAAAAAAAGUCUAUUGGUCUUAAUUUACCCUCUUUCUUUGUCUUGGACACGUGAAUUGUUGCUGCGGGCUGCUUUCUGUUUUGUUUCUUCCUCCAUUUUCUAAAGACAUCGACGCGAGUGGCUUUGCCCCCGCUCUUUCUAUUAAUCAGUUCAAAAGUAAUAAAUGUGGUAUAUUCAGCAGAACUGUGUGCAUUCCCCUCGUUUGUCUGUGGAAAGCGGUUUCGUUCUCACACAUGGUUUUUAUGAAUGUUGAAUCUUUUUGUUCUUGCUUUACUUUUUUUUUUUUUUUUUACUGCAAAUCUUCCUAAACAACCUGUCUACCUUCACCCUCCACCUUCAGUUUAACGCUGCAGCGUCCUGCAUCUCUUACCUCUCUACUUUCCGAGCCCCGCUCUGUCCUCCACACUCCCAGGUUUUUCUCAUUUCUGUUCAGCCAACCAUUCAUAUAAUAUCACAAACGGCUUCAACCAUUCUCAGAAUGUCUUUGUUGGUGAGUU